AUGUGGCUCGUGCAGGCACUGGCGAGUUUUCGAAAGCUCAAUGCCGAAAAGAGGCAUGCGGUGCUUUCGCUCCACGUCCCGGAUCUAGAGGACUGGCUUGCAGAGGAGGAAGUGUCCAAAGGGGAUGACGAAGCAUUUUUGUUCUUGCGGGUCCUGCGCGUCAACGGAAUCGAGGUGCCGGAUGGGAGAACUGGGCUCUAUGCCACUGCAUGCCGAGCCAACCACUCCUGUCUGCCCAGAGCUCGUCUAAGUGUUGAUGCUGAUGGUGGGGUCAGGAUUGUUGCCUUGACCAGCAUUCGGAUUGGCGAGGAGGUCACAGUGUCGUACUUGUCAGAGUCAGAUCUCCUCGAGCCUUCGUCGAUCCGGAGGAAGCUGCUGAGCCAGACGUGGGGCUUCCUGUGCGCGUGCCAAAGAUGCACCAUGCCCGAUGACCGACGAACUUAUACGUGUCCCUCGUGUCGGGAAGGCCUCAUUGGCUUCCGGAGCCAGUAUGUGGAUGCCGUGCAGGUUUUACAGAGGCCUUUGGCUCGAUUCUCUCAAUGCCGAGGUGUGACUGUGUGGCCCCAGUGGCCUUACGACGAGAACUCCGCUGCCAAGCCGGUGGGAGAUCCAAACUUUCGGUGGCCCCCCAAUCCUCCGCUGGAGCCGCAGCCCGGUGAAGCUUUGACCCAGGACCAAGUCAAAGAGCUGAGAAAGAAGAUCUAUCGAAAGAUCUUUCACUCCAUGUGCUACUUUGACUGGAGCCUUUGGGAGCGUUAUUUCUGGGAGUUGAAAGACCGUGCCAUUCCCUACGACGAGACGGCCUACACCCUGCUGCUCCAUGGAUACAUCCUGUCGCACAGACACCAGUCUGAGAACGCCUACCUCGUUCUAGACGAAAUGAAAAGAGCCGAGACACAUCCUGCCCUGGUAAGGCUGAACGAGAGGAUGAUGAAUUCAGCCUUCGAGUUGAAAGAGCUCGGUGUGCAGCCGAUGGCGUCCUCCUGGCAGAACGUGGUGCGCUUGUGCUUCCACUGCUCCGUGCGCUUUCAAAAGAAGCGGCAGAAAAGGCUCAGGGCAGAGCUAGAGGCACUUGAGCCCGACGAUGCUUUGGCCCUGGAUGCCGAGAACAUUCGCCAGUGGCUCUCCGGUCACGACCGGCUUCUACUUCCGGAAGGUCCUGGCCGCUUCCGCUUCCUCACGGGUCACGACAACAAGCUGCUGCCCCUUCCUCAAAAGCUCCUGCCCGGCUCCAGCCGCUCUAGCCCUCGCAGAGGCCGGAGGUCCGUGGCGAGGCGCCACGACCCGGACCCGGACGAUGCGCGACAAGCGUUCGUAUGGUGGAAGUUUGCGGCAAACAUAGUGUCGCCCUUCUCAGAGCUACAAGUACAGCUCGGGGGUGCCACCGCAGAGCUGGAUGGCUGGGCAGCUUGCGCAGCCUGCGGAGAAAAUGCUGAGGCCGAGAAGAUGGCCAACUUGGAGCAGCUUUGGGUGGCUCCGGGGGGUGUCAAGCGCCACCUUCCGAGCUCCGCUUUGCAGUGCGAGGCCCGGGUGCACCGCCGGAUGCCUGCCUGGUGCCGAGGUGCUGAUGGGCGGGCGCUACUUCGAGGCUUCUUGCAUCCCGGAGCUCCACCGCUCUCCCUAUCUGUGCUGGAAGAGAUGAGCGAAGAGCUCAGCACACCCGACGAGUUGCAGCUCGAGGAGUCUGAUCGGGGAGGGCCGACAGAUGCCGAGGCCCUCAGCGAUGACCUAGCCGCAGCAGUGCUUCUGCACCGAGAGUUGGUAAGCAGACAGCUGGAUUCUGCAGUGCCCGCUUCCGAGGCACACUGGCUCACGGCCGACGCAGCCGGUGCAGCUCUGGAGGCUGGGCUCCUGCUUCUGAAGACGAGUGGCAUGGACGAAGAGCUGCUGCGUGCUUUUCAGGCUCAAGUGGCUUCCCUUCAGCUUCAACCAGAUGAACUUGUCGCAGCUGCAGAUUGCAGGCUUCGAUCGCUGCAACGAGCGCUGGGUAAGGAGACCCUGACGGUGGAAGCCGCAGAGCUUCUUCGACUCAAGGCUCAAUGCCUCGACCUUUGCCAGCCAGCCGAAGCAGCUGCCGUGAGGAGGCAUGCCUUGGAUGUGGCCUCCGCUUUGUUGCCGGGUGACAGUGGCUAUGCAUCGGGGCCCAGUUAUGCAAAGGACGUGCGGGAUGAAACGGUUUUCGGCAUCAUCUCGCAGAUUGAGGGCUGUGCAGCAAUCGGGUCUUGCCAGCAGCUCGAAAAGCACUCCCUCAUUUGGUCCGUGGCCUCCAUGGUCUGCCGGCAGUUUUGUGGUGAGCCCACUGACGAGGGGGAAAAUGGUGACAAAUGGUCAAAGGUGGAGCUGGAUCAGCUGCACUUCGAACACCAGGUGCUGGCCGAAGAGGCGGCUCGACUUCGCGAGGAGGUGAUGGUUACAAUUUCGGGCGCCAUGCCGGAAGAGGAGGAGUUUGGUGUCAGCUUUGCGGAUGCACCUGAUUCACCCCAAGCCAGCGAGCGUGGCAGGUCUGCUGCAUCACCCGCUUCAGCUUUCAGUCCGGAGUCGAGACUGCAGGCGCGCCGAACAUCUGCGCGCCAUUCCGGCUCGGCACGUAGGCCGUCGGCUAGAAGAGAACUCAACUUCGGUGCCUUUUGA